AUGUUCGCAGAUCCCGCCUACCCCUCUUCUUCCGAUUCCUUCGCCCCCGACGCCCCCAUGUCCAUCCCCUUCUCCCCCUCGCUUUCAUCAUCUCCCGCGGCCGCCCUGCUACUCGAUGGCCAAGGGGCCACAACAACAUCAUCCCCGCCCCCUUCUCCCGCUCCAUCGCCAUCGGCCCCAUCCAACAACAGGCGCUCCAUCGAUGCCGCCUCAUCGGGCAUCCCGCGCUCGCAAUCCGCCCAUGCGCUACACACGCCCACGCGCGAGAUCGACAGCCUCCUGGUCAGCGGCUCGGCGGCCGGGGGCGCCGCGGGCGUGAGCGUCAACAUGAACGGGAGCCUCACGCCGCAGCCCUCGCAGCGACAGCCGCAGCAGCGGAUGGUGGAGGUCAGCCUCGAGCAGGUCAGCGAUCACCAGUUCCUGUCGCUGCUCAAGAUGAAGUUUAAGAAGACGCGCCGGCAGGAGCUCGAGCUCAAGGAGCUCCAGCGGCUGUUCGUGCUCGAGGAGGAGGAGCGGCGGAAGCUGGCCGAGGAGAACGCCGUACUGACGCGCCGGCUCGACGAAGAGCGACGCCUGCGCGAGGCGGCCGACAGCCUCGCCUCCGCCCUGCGCGACGAUAACGAGCGCCUCAACUCCCAGAUCGAGGAGCUCAACCUGCGCCUCGUGGAGAUUAUCACGAACGUGUCGCACAUGGGCGUGCCACCAGCGGAGAAGGCCAAAGUGCUGAAGAAGGCGCCCAAGCCCCAGGACCACUCCUGA